AUGUCAAAUGGCAGUCCCACGGUACGGAGUACUCCGCUGGAAGAUCGCAGCUUUUCACCCGGUCCUGAGCGCGUCGUUGCGUCGGAGGAUCUACCUGUUCGGACCGGAUGGAGCCCCACAGCUCCGUCGGUUGAAGAUACUGGAGAUGGCACCGACACACCUUACCAUCCGUUCAACGAGCAUUUCAGCCAUCAUAAUGGAGGUAGUACGGGCACGUCACAACCGGAUGGAGACGUGGCAGAUAAGUGCUAUUCCCCCAUAUAUGGCGACCCUCGGGGCGUUGGCCUGGUAGUCGAUAUCUGCGAACCAGAGCCAAGGGAGAAGAGCGGUCACUUCCUCGUUCCACGAAUUAGCCCAACACAUAUUGACCAGGGAACGAUCGAUUUCCUGCGCUACAAGGGCGUCUUCAACUUGCCUACUCCUGCUGUCUGCGAAAUGAUCAUACGAACAUACUUCCACUAUGUGCAUCCUUUUUUCCCAGUUGUCGAUGCUCGUUCAUUCCUCGAUAUCUUUGAGAAUGCACGCAACGACCUGAGCCUGCAUCUCUUAUGGAGCAUGUUUCUAGCUGCCGCAAAUUUCGCAGAUGAUAGCACCUUAAGAGCCGGCAACUUUUCGUCUCGAAAAGCGAUGAAGCGUACGACGUAUAUGCGAGCUAAGGCUCUUUAUGACACGGAGUAUGAAAGAAGGAAGAUUACCCUCAUUCAGGCAGUACUUCUGAUGGGUUUCUGGUAUUCGGACACUGAAGACAGGACUGGGUCUUGGCAUUGGAACGGCGUUGCCAUCGGUUUGUGCCAAACGAUAGGGCUACAUCGGCAGCCAGACAGCAGUCGAAAACACAGUAAAGCCAUUUCCAUGAGCGACGUCGGACUAUGGCGGCAGAUCUGGUGGAGCUGCUUUUAUCGUGAAGCGUGGUUCUCUGCUGGCAUGGGCAGGCCUAUGCGCAUUAAUCUAGCUGACUGCAGUACCCCGAUGCCAGACCGCAAUGACUCUGGUAGCCUCCUCGCAGGGAUUCCGGAGAGUAUUCAACAAAAGUACCUUCCUGAAGGCACUGGGGACUUAGCCAAACUGUGGACGGAGCUGUUGGCACUUACGGUCUCAUUAGCGAAGAUUCUCUCAUGGCAAAACCGAGCGGAGCGGACUCCACCCAGUAGGAGUGAAGUACAGCGCAUGGACGAUAACAUCCGGCAAUAUUAUUUUCGCAAAGACCACGCCAUAGCUCACCGACAAAGUCAUGUUGUCUCCUUACACGCGUACCACCUUGAACUAUUUCUAGAGUCGGUUAUGCUGAUACUAUACCGGCCGUUUAUCUUUGAUAAGCCAGAGAUACCUUGGCCCGAUGUCUCCGCGGACGAAUGGACAUCCACUGUGGUGCGGAGGACCAAAGACGCCGCGACCAACACCAACAAGAUCCUCAGCGACAUGAUCAGUGCUGAUAUGAUCAGAAGCACUCAAGCGAUGGUGUGCAUUGCGUUGGUUCCGACAUUGCAAAUCCAUCUCCUUGACACCACCUCUGAAAAACAGCUGGUGCAACGAAUGGGCCGCCACAACCUCAAAUUUUGCAUGAUGGUUAUUGAAGAGCUCAAAUCCGUAUAUUUCGGCGCCGAAAUACUUUCCAGAAUGUUUACCAAGGCAGAAAGCCAGAUAUACAAUCAGACGCUUGCUGCCGCCCCAGUCCCUAGGGGGCAUGCGCCCGACACCUCGCUUGGUUCCACGAUCGGCUCUCCAGAUGUCCCAGCCGGUGCGCACCAGGAUGACGUGGAAGUAUUUGAUGUCUUCUCGACGAUGUUGAGUCCCUUUGCCCCUGUAACAGCCGGUGGAUUAUUCGACAAUGACGGGCUAUUUGCUUUCGAACCCGACAUCACGCUCGGGCAACUGAUGUUCCCUGAGUCCGAAUCCUCUGCAGAUGCAUAA